CGUCGUUGCCGACCCGGCGGUCGGUCAGGGGGGAUUCGCCGGGAUCUCGCUCCUUCGCCCACAGCGAGGGGCGCAGCCACGCUUCCCCGCAGCGGCUCCCGGCGCCCCGGGAACUACUAUCAUGGACAGGACCGCCGUGGCCAAGAUGGGAGCGGUAGCGAGCGCCAGCGUGUGCGCGCUGGUGGGCGGGGUGGUGCUGGCGCAGUACAUCUUCACCAUGAAGAAGAAGACGGCCUGCAUGCAAGCCCUGCAUCUCUGGACUCUGCUUGCCACCUAUGCUGUUGCAGUAGGACAAAAUCAAGGACAGAAGAAUCAGGAGUGCCCUAAGCUCAACGCACAGAUGCCAGAAUUUCAGAAGAAGACUGUCCAUAUUAAGGAUCCAGCAAGAGUAGAGGAGAUUAUUUGUGGCCUCAUCAAAGGUGGAGCUGCCAAACUUCAGAUUAUUACAGAUUUUGAUAUGACAUUAAGUAGAUUUUCCUACAAUGGAAAAAGAUGUCCAACUUGUCAUAACAUCAUUGAUAACUCUAAAAUCAUCACAGAUGAAUGUCGGCAAAAGUUACUUCAGCUGAAAGAAACUUACUAUGCCAUUGAAAUUGAUCCAGCUCUCACCAUUGAAGAGAAAUACCCAUAUAUGGUAGAAUGGUACCAUAAAUCCCACGCACUACUCAUUGAACAAGGCUUACAGAAGGACAAGUUUGCAGAAAUUGUAAGGGAAUCUGAUGUUAUGCUGAAAGAAGGGUAUGAGAACUUCUUUGAUAAGCUCAGUGAACAUAAUAUUCCUGUGUUCAUAUUUUCUGCUGGGAUUGGUGACAUUCUUGAGGAAGUAAUCCACCAGGCUGGGGUCUACCAUUCUAAUGUCAAAGUGGUUUCCAAUUUCAUGGACUUUGAUGAAAACGGAAUAUUAAAAGGAUUUAAAGGAGAAUUGAUUCAUGUUUACAACAAACAUGAUGGUGCCUUGAAGAACACAGAGUACUUCAAACAGCUAAAAGACAACAGCAAUAUCAUACUGCUGGGUGAUUCUCAAGGAGACUUGAGUAUGGCAGAUGGAGUAGCAAAUGUUGAGCACAUUCUUAAGAUUGGCUAUCUCAAUGAUAAAGUAGAUGAGCUUUUGGAAAAAUACAUGGACUCUUAUGAUAUUGUCUUGGUGAAAGAUGAAUCCCUGGAAGUUGCCAACUCCAUUCUACAGAAAAUCCUGUAAAUUGCAGUCUCAAGUCACUCCAUUCCUUCCAGGAGGCAACUGGACAGAAGAGCACACAUGUGCUAUCUUAGAUGUGUUUAUUAUUCAUUUACGGAACUGUUUGAUUUAAUUUAAAACUUUUAUCUUCAUUUUGGUAUUAUGAAAUAUAUAUUGUAUCAAUUAUCAACAACAAGCUCCUCUUACUGCUCUUACACUGUUCUUUAUUGUCUCACACUCCUGUUAUAACAAGAUCUAAAUUGGAUUUAUAGAUGUGAUAAACUGCUGCUGAUGGGAUACUGUGGUUCACUGUCCUUUUUAAUCAGGCAUUUCAGAGCAGCAUUUAGAAAACGUGGCUAUUUUGUAAAAUUGAAGGUGUAAAUGCUCUGUAAGGAGAGUGUGCAUUUGUUGCCUUUGCAAAGACAUUUUGGUCUCAGCUGUACUUUGAAGGAUCUUACUCAUAUGCUACAUAAUUUCACACAAAAGUUUUUCAUACAUAUAUUUUUCAUCAGUAAAAAUGCUUUUAUUCACCCAAUUCAGGCAAAGUGUUUCUUCUUCAUAUUUUUGCAUCAUCAUCGCACAACAUUCUCUAUUCUUACUGUUUCUUUAUCCUCCGUGAAAUGGGAAGAAUGUUUUAAGUUAGUGUGUCUGAGAUAAAUUUUCUCAUCUUUGUAACAACAGAUGGUUUCACAAGCUUAUAGUCCACAGCCUGCCUGCAAUGAGCAGGGGCAUCCUGAGCUAGACCAGGCUGCUCAGAGCCCUAUCCAACCUGACCCUGGGUGUUUCCAGGGAUGGGGCAUCUACCACCUCUCUGGGCAACCUGUGCCAGUUUCACCACCAUUAACACAAAAAAAAAAUCUUCUGAAAGUUUUUCCUCUGUACUGAGCACAUUACAGCACCUCUCAGCAUUGUGUACAGAGUACAGCUUAAAACAGCUGCAAUUUCAGAAGCUUGCUGCAGGAUGAGUUAAAGAUGAUGUUGUGACCCUGCUCCUGUGAGGUCUGGGCUGCACUAAAUCUAUUCAUUAAUAAAAGAGAGCAAAUCAUACAA